AUGGUUUGCGAGUCACUCUCUGACCGAUUUUACACAGCCUUAUAUCGAAAGUUGCUUGUGGACGUGCCUCCUUCAAGCUAUAAUCAACUUCUGUUGCUUCUCUUCAAAGUGUUGAAGGUGGAUCCCUCUGAAUAUCGUGUGCGCUCCUUUGUAAAACGGCUGCUCCAAGCCGCCACAUGUGCUACUCCUGCUCUGACUGCCGGUAUUUUAAUACUGAUCUCAAGGCUCUGUGAGACUAGAAAAGGCUUGGUUAUAGUGGAGAAGCACAUUGAUCGCGUAGCGAUACAGAAUGCCAAACUGGGUGAGGAUGAUGACGAAGAACAUUAUGUCGAUAUUGGGACAGACGGCAAACCGAUAGAAGCUGUCAAGAAGGAGGAAUUAACUGUUACAAAUGUUGAAAUGGUAGCAGCGCACCUGAUACCUACGGGCAAAAACUACAGUAACUGCAGCAGGCAAGGGAAGAAACAACGCGAGUACACUUUUCUAUUGCAACAUUCCGAGCGUUUCUGA